AUGAUGAACAGGUUGAACUCGGAAGGCGCCCCCGUCGCCAUGCUGCGCACCACACUGCUAAAGGGCAAUGACGAGGACGACGGCGAUCACAGCGAUGCCGCCCGCUGGGCGAAAUCAGGAUGCGGAGUGCUUCCAGCUUUGCCCCAUCGGAAGGGGAAGAAGAAGGCUGGGAGGGUGAAGUUCAGCGACGGGCCGAGCCUGGCGAAGAGGUUAGGCGACGGGGCCAAGGCAGGGCUAGCGACAGCUUUAGAGGUAGGAGCAGUGGCUGUAGGCUUGGUGGGCGCUGGGCGCGUGGCGGAGGGGGGAGGGGCAGGCGAAGGACCGGAGCGUGUGGGCAGAGAGGAAGCGGCGGGGGACAACUUGAGGGAGGCAGGCGGUGGUGCGCCCAGUGGCGCUGGUGCUGGCGCUGGCGGUGGGGCAAACAAGGAGGUGGGAAGGGUGAAUGGGGAGGGGGGUGGGGCAAGCACGGUGAGGGAUGGAGGAGCAACGGAUGGGCGGAGAGUGGCGAUGGUGCGCGGCGAGGAUGAGGGCAAGGGGCAUGCAGUGAUCAGCCUUCCGCACCCCCCGGCCUCCCUGGAGGACCGUGCUGGCGGGCUGAUUGGCCCGCCUGCCCCUGCUGAUCGCGGCAGAGGGCAACACGGUGGGCGGAAGAAGGGCAAAGCGGCAGGGGCGCGCCGGCUGCAGGGGGGCGCGCCGGCUGCAGCGGGGCGCGCCAGCGGCAGCAGGGCGCGCUCGGCUGCAGCGGGGCGCGCCGGCAGCGUUCCUGUGCAGCGGGGCGCGCCGGCUGCAGCGGGGCGCGCUCGGCUGCAGGGGGGAACGCCGGCUGCAGGGGGGCACGCCGACUGCAGGGGGGCGGGCCGGCUGCAGGGGGGCGCGCCGGCUGCAGUCACCUUCCAUCUCUCUCCCCUCCCUCUUCACCUGGGCCUCCCCAUUGCACGCCUUGUUCCUCACCACCAUUAA